GCACACAUUUUUCCCAUCUAUCGUAAUAUGUCACCUAUCCCUGCUCCCAGAAGAGUGGGUGUUGGUCCGCCCUCUGGUAUCGCUGGGCUGGGUGCUGUUCUGGCAGGCGUUGCUCGUAGGUCGGGCUCGCAGACGGUCGGGGAUAACAUACCCUCAAAUGUAUGCCGAGCAGGCUGAAUGCAAGGCGAAUCCUGCUGCGUUGAAAUUUAACUGUACUCAGCGUGCUCACCAGAACACCUUGGAGUUCGUCCCUAUUGUCGUUAUCGGAACAUUGGUUACUGGUUUCAAGUGCCCCCUCCUUGCUACUGCUUUAGGUAGCGCAUUCUCUGUCGGGCGGGUCUUAUACACCUACGGAUACAAGACUGGCGAUCCAGCCAAGCGUCUUCCCGGCGGUAUAAUCAGCAAUGGUGCUGCAACAGGUCUUCUUUUGGGGGCGACCUAUUCCGCUUACCAGCUCUUCCUUUCUUUGUGAGGCCGAUCAUCAGUGGUGGAAACCUAUUACCGCUUGGGGGUUUGGAUAGCGAUGUUUUAGCUUGGAAGUAGUGCCCGACUUAGUCUAUACUUACUAUUGUACGAUCGAAUCCAAAUUCCAUAUG